CCCAUACUCAGGUGCCAUGCCUGGGCGAUUUGACGAUCUCGCGGGGAAGCACGCGGAAUGAGGUGCUUCUUUGCUUCGAGUCGCCUGUGUACCAUUCCACGGCAUUCGUGUACCUCAACAGCUCAAGCUCUCUCCCACUCAUCUUGCUUCCGCGACGCCGGUAAACGACGCACUCUUUCAGGUUCUUCAGCAAUCACUUCACCCAACGGUCUUGGCCAAGAUGAUCGAUAAGAAAACGACGAAACAGAUUGCAAAAGAGGUCUUACAACAGAUCCCAGUCCCUAAACAUCUCUCUCAGCUCAAGAAGCCGUGCUCGCCAUCUGUAGCCCCAAAUAGCAGCCAGGCGCAGAAUAGUGCCGUGUUGCCCGUUGCCACCCACGUAUUCACCACCAGCGCUACCAAGACUCAGGAGAAGUGCAAAAAUCGGCCCAUGUCUCCAUCAAACUCCAUCCCACCGCCCGCACCAACGACCAGAGUUGCCAGCAGUUGGAUGGCCUAGCAAGCCCGUUAUUCCACAAGCUUCGCCCUUGAGAGACACUACCGGGAUA